GCGAAAAGUCCCAAAAGUUUUCAGCCACAGCUGCGACGUUCCUUUGUUGCGAAGGUUCACAUGCAUCUAUUCAUCCCCACUGGAUCUAUAGCUCCUUGCUAAGGUAGCUAACUGGCUAGUCGAACCUAUCGAAGACACUGCAUCAAGUAAGCCAGACCUGGAGACGCUGAACGGCUGAAAAUUGGAACGAUGAGAUACCCACAUCCGACCAGAUAUCGUUACAUCGGCAAUUUUGUUGGCUCUCGGGGCCUGCCAAUAAUUCGACCAGGGACGAGGCGACUGGUUUCGCCUUCACCAUUCUUGAUAGGAUUAGAAGAAAGAACUGGUGGUUUCCGUCAUUAUUUGUCGUCUACUGCCACUACAAGCCAGACGAAUCUCCAAUCGAUCCGAGGCGUGCAUACACAAGAACCUUUUCUGGCCACCCGAUACUACACAACCAUCUCUGGUAGUGACCUGGAAGAACAGGAGAGACAGGAUGUGCGAUUAUCAUCCUCUGCUCCAAACAAUGGGGACGAUUUUUCUAAUUCUCUGAAAUUGCACCAGAAGAAUCCAUCUCAGACCCAAGUGGAUGAGCUGCAUCCUCAAGUGCAAGAAUUCAUUGAAAAAAUCAAAGCCAUCAAUCCACAAUCUGUUCGUGACGAAAAAAUUGUGGUGCAAGUAUUGGAAGAAUCCUGGAAUUGGUUGGAAGAACAGCAACAGGUUGGCAAUAUGGCUGCUACGGUCACAUUGACCGAAUCGAUGCAGCAUUUGCUGGAUUUAUGGAUUGCCAUGCACCUGCAAAACUCCACUCGUCCCCGUACUUGUCGACCCUUUGAAAUUCUGCUCGCAACAUGGUCGUUGGCGGCGGAUGCCCAGAUCGCCUUGUUGGAAACAACGGAUGAUAGCACCACGUUUCAUCCAGCCAAUCAAGCCAUGAACGUAUUGGUGCGUUGGUACGAACUGUUGGGAGGGCAUGUCGAAUUGAAACCGGUCAUAAACGACUACAACCUGGUAUUGGGAGUUUUUUCCACGGUUUCCACCCAUCUGGCACAACAAGAAGGACAGCAAGAUCAGGUGGUCUUUUUGGCGUCAGAGGCAUACGACACGGUUCAGAAUCUCAAUACGUGGGGAUAUACUAGCACACCCACCGUGGAAACCAACGCACACCUCAUUCGCUGUUUGACCAAUGUCGUGACGGCAUUGGCACCCGUGGCUGCUCGAUCCCAAUAUUACGAUGAACACGACAAAAGUGUGAUUGUCAUUGACAAGCUCAAGACAGCUUGGACACAACUGCAAGACACAAUGAAGGAUGGCGUACAGGCCGAAGCAACUAAACAGUUUGGUGAUCCCAACAACUCAAAAUUGUCAAUUUUUGACUUUGAUACCACCCGAAAACAAAAUCCAGAAGCACUCUUUUUCUUUUGCCAAGCUCUUUGCGAUGCACUGGUAGCUUCCAAGGAGGUAAUACAAGCCAACCGACGAAUACCCGCGCAAUACGGGUUGCCAGUGUCAUCCAAAAAGGACGAAGAGCCAUGGCAUAGUUGGGGCCGGGCACUCGUGGAGUACAUCAUGGAUCAUCCCGAACGAUCGGCGUCCAUUCUCCAAUACGCACAACGGGACAGCAGUGUGUCACCGGCAAUCUACCAAACCUUAAUAGACGGCUGCGGAGCAUGGCAGUCGUUGCUGUUCAAUUCUGUAAGGGAUUCUCCUGGAGCAGUUGCUGCGUCUGAAGUCCACAAUAUCUUGGAACGCAUCAACGCCUUGACUCGAAGGUUUGGUGGUGACAGUGAGCUAGAAAACUAUGUUGCUCUUAUCCCCAUGUAUUUUGUGACCAUCCAAGCGUGGGAAUCUGUAAUAUCCAACACGGCAACAAGCCAUGACGACAAAGAGACUGCCAUGCGCAUCCAAAAUGAAGUCUUGCGCCAAUGGUGGGAUCAACAUGAGCGUUUGACAGCUCGAUAUGACAUGGAGGUGCAAUCAAUGGUGGGAGAAGGCAUCAUGGGGGGCAAUCCAGGCUUGUCCAAGGCAAAAUUCCAGCAGUUGCGACAGGAAACCGCACUAUCUUCCAGUUUUCUCAUGAAUGCGCUGUUUGAGGUGGGCCAUGUAGAGAAGGUCAACGACAUGUGGAAGGGAAUGACAUCACGCGAACUUCCCCUCGAUGCAACCUCCUAUGGUAUUAUCCUCAAGGCUCUCGCGGAUAGCAAGCGACGGGAUGCGGCACCAACAGCUCAUAAGAUAUUGCAGCAAAUGAGAGCUGAUGGCAAGGCAAUUCACUCCAAUCACUAUGCCUCUGUUUUGGUGGCGUGGUCACGAAGCCGUGACAGCAAAGCGCCUCAACGGGCACUUAAAGUUUUCAGUCAGCUUUGCAAAGACUACAGCUCUGUGCUGCAACGCGACGACAGCGAUGCAGGCGCAUUGAAACCCAGGGCAGUGCACUAUGGUUCUCUGCUGUCAACCUUGGCAAGAUGCCGCGAGCGACAUGAUGAUGUGGAUUCUGCUACCUUGGACGUGGUACACGAUAUGUUGGAACACUCUCCCCCAGAGCAACGGAGUGAGGUGGCUUGCAAUGCUGCCUUUAAUGCUCUUGCAAGAGUGGCUACACUCGACGCAGCGUUGUUGUCGCAGCGCCUUCUCGAUGACAUGCAUUCUGUCUACGAUAGAUUCAAAGACCCUACCAUGCGUCCGCAGAUGUUUGACUACGGGAAUUGCAUGCACACAUGGGCACGGGCAGCAGCAAAGGGGCAAGCAGGAGACGCUUACUUGAAGAUCAAAGAGAUCCUCGUGCGUGUGGAAUCAGAGUUUCUGGCUUCUGGCAAAGACCCGGCGCUUCUCCCAAGUAACGUUCAGUAUCUUGCACUUGUCAACUCGAUUCUGAGCACAGGGCGAGUGGAUGUCGGGGAUCAGGCAGAAGCGGUCUGGCGGGAAAUGCUGGAAAAGGCGGCCCAGGGGAAUGCCGAGCCACCGCAUGAAUGGGUUUGCAACAAAGUGAUCGAAGCACUCUCAAAAUCAGGUGGACAACACAUCGGUGAAAGAGCGGAAGCGAUUCUAGAAACCAUGAAGGUAGCAUUCGACGUCGAGGGCAUCGUUGAAGCCAAACCUAAAAUGUAUGCUUACCGCGGUGUCGUUCAAGCCUGGAGCAGGAGCACGAAUGCCAAUAAAGCUGCUCGCGCCGAGCGUCUUUUGGCAGAAAUGCACAAUUUGUUCGAUAAUGAAGGGAAUCUGGACGUGAAACCAGACCCCUGGACCUAUUCUGAAGUUUUGAAUGCUUGUGUUCACACACCCGUAUCUGCCAAUGCAAGCCAACGUGAAAAGGCCGUGCACGUCGCGCUGCAGACAAUCGUCGACAUGCACAAGCGGCAAGAUGUUGUGUAUCCUUUCGCCUACAGGUUGGCAUUUGAUGCCAUCAGUCGCAACGUUGAGGAUCCAAAAGAAAGACAAAGAAUGGCGUCCGCCUUGUUUGAACGGUGCUGCAAGGAAGGAUUAGUGGCAUCCAACGUCGCUCAGGCACUCAAGCGUUGCUCUCCAACCCUCUACAAGAGACUUCCGACGGCUUUACCUGACCAAUGGAAACGCAAUGUAAAAGAGACUAUGGCUGCCGUCGCCAAUAGACCUCACCGUAGACAUAGAGCAUAGACAAGUUAAAUUCGAAUAGAGCGUUACUAUAGCUUUG